AUGCGUGAUCCGGUCCCCGCACCCAUCAACAUUGCUCGCAUCGUCACACCGCUUGCUCAAACCCUAUCAUUGCGGACGCUGCCAUUGCAUGCUCAUGAGAUCCUUCCGGCCUUCGCUUUCUACAAUUUCCUGAACCUCUACGUCUCCCCUACCAUCUCCAGUAAACUUGCUCGGCGAACAUACCCUGACCUUCCGGAGCGCUCACGAAUCAAUUGGGAUGCCCAUGUUGUUUCGCUUGUCCAAUCAACGUUCAUCAACACAGCUGCGUUGUGGGUGAUUUGGAGUGACAGAGAAAGAUGGGAGAUGAGCGCUGUUCAAAGAGUCUGGGGCUACACUGGGAGUAUGGGUAUGGUGCAGGCAUGUAGCGCGGGAUAUUUUCUGUGGGAUUUAAUUUCUGCAAGUUUGAGGCCGGAUGUGCAUGGAUAUGGAGCGAUUGCUCAUGCAGCGGCGGCCGUAGCAAUCAGUAUGCUUGGCUUCCGGCCCUUUUGCAAUUAUUAUGGCAUCAAUUUCGUUCUUUAUGAACUUUCCACUCCAUUCUUGAACUUUCACUGGUUCAUGGACAAGCUGGAUAUGACUGGUAGUACCGCUCAGUUGAUCAAUGGUAUUGCUCUACUCGUUACCUUUGGAGGUAGUCGGCUUGUUUGGGGCACGUAUCAAAACGUCAAGAUGUACUCUGAUAUCUGGGAGGCUUUCAACACCCAAGGAGGCUUACCAGUACCUACUUGGCUUGCUGGGGUCUAUAUGCUGGCAAGUGGCACGCUUACUGGACUCAACUUAUUCUGGUUCUCCAAAAUGAUCCAAGCAUUGCUGGCAAGGUUCCAAGAUGAUAAGAAGUCAGACCAAAAGAAAAAACGAUGA